GUAUAUAUUUUCUUCUCGUGCUGUUCAGCAUUCUGCAGUAGUGAUGGCAAUCAAGGUCCAUGGACACCCUAUUUCUGGAUCAACACAGAGAGUUCUUGCAACCCUAGCAGAGAAAGGACUUGACUACGAGUUUGUCUUUGUUGAUUUAGCAACUGGACAGCACAAGACAGAGCCUUUUGUUUCACUAAAUCCCUUUGCUCAAGUACCAUUCUUUGAAGAUGGAGAUUUGAAGCUUUUUGAAUCAAGGGCAAUCACUCAGUACCUUGCACAUAAAUAUGCUGACAAAGGAACCCCACUGAUUACCCAUGAUUCAAACAAGAUGGCAAUUAUUUCGGUAUGGACACAAGUUGAAGCCCAAAGAUGUGAGCCUCAAGCAUCCAAGCUUUGCUACGAGCUCGUAAUAAAGCCUAUGCUCAGCUUGCCUACGGAUGAAGCUAUCGUGGCACAUCAGGAAGAGAAAUUGUCUGAGGUUCUUGACGUCUAUGAAGCCCGGCUGGCACAAUCCAAGUACUUGGGAGGAGAUUUCUUCACUUUGGCUGAUUUGCAUCAUUUACCUAUUGUCAACUACAUGAUGGGCACAAAAAUUAAAGCCCUGUUCGAUGAACGCCCUCAUGUCAACACCUGGUGUGCUGAUAUUCUUGCCAGGCCAGCCUGGCAGAAGGUUGUUGCCAUGAUGAAGCAUCGAUGAAACUUGUAUCUACCUUUCCGGUUUUUCGUUCUUUAAUGUUUAGUGAGAAAAAAUAGAAACAAUUUGUGACUUUCCGACUGGCCAAUACACCAAUACGACAGAUACGAUUUAACCUUUUUAUUUUUAAUGUUGUUCUACAC